AUGCUAUUUACUCAACUAAUAAUUUUAUUUACAUUUAUUUCACAAAUUAUAUGUGUAUCUAUUUCAGAUCUUAAUAAUAUUGCGUUAAUUCAAUUCACAAAACGAAGAGGUAGUAGUGGUCAUUCAAGUGGCGGUGGUCAUUCAAGUAGUGGUAGCCAUUCAAGUGGUGGUGGUCAUUCAAGUAGUGGAAGUUCAAGUAGUGGAAGUAAAGGUGGUGGAUCCAGCAGCGGCUCUAGCAGUGGGUCUAGCAGUGGAACUAAAGGAGGUGGAAGUUCAAGUGGAAGUUCAUCUGGUAGUAGAAAUUGGGGUAGUAAUCAAUACCAUUGUACGGGAAAUUCUUGUGGAUAUGGUAAUUACUUUGCACCAUCAGCAGCAGCAGCAGCAGUAGGUUAUGGUACUGGUCGUUAUACUGGAGGCACUAAAUAUGGAAAUAAUCAAUAUCAUUGUUCAGGAAGCACUUGUGGUUAUGGUAAUUAUUAUGCCCCAACAGCAGCUUCAGCAGCUGCUGGAUAUGGUUCAGCAAGAUAUGCUGGACAACAUAAUAAUUCGACUUCCACCAAGACUUCUUUUGGUGUGUCAUUAAAUAUUCCUUCCACUCAUUUUUAUGUGAUUGGUUUAGCUGCUGCAUAUUCAAUUGUAUUAUAA